AUGGAGGACACCCAGGCAACCGCGAAAUGGGCAAACCGUGUCCUGCGCCCCUUGACCUCUAUCUGCCGUCGGAUCGCGAAACACCAAGAAACACUCUCGGUAAUCGCUAUCGAGUUUAAGCCACAAGAAACGAAAGAGGACAGAAAGUGUUCCCCUCUGGAACUCGACCAAAAAACUCAACACAAUUGCCCAGGCUCAGAUGCGGAUCCGGAUGAGAACGAUCCAGCGUGGAUCCCUGGGAAAAGGUCCAACCGACGACGAGCCAGACACAAGUACUCGACCAAAGCAGAGGAAACCGGCGGGAAAAAGCGCAACAGACUAUCCAUACACAGCCCAGAAGCCUCGCGCACUCUACCCGGUGCUAUUGAAGUUGCGACACCGCUCAUCACCGGGAGAAGAUGGGAGAUGCCCUCGAGUGCACAGUCACAGUGCCAUGCUCAUGCGAACCCCAAAACUCAUCAAUCGCAGCCGCAAGUCUUCCGCGAUCGAUAUGCACUGCACAAGAGUCCUUGGCAAGAACUUCUCGACCAGUCUGGCGAUCCUGGUUUCGCGGACAUAGCCCACAAUCUUGAUCGCGUGUUCCAGAACUUCCUUUGCAACACUGUUGUGCCAAGGCGCGAUGUAAAUCCCUUGUCUGGAAAUAUACGGAGAGGCGCACGAUCUUUGCUGUCCAUGGUCGCGCGAAGUCUGCCUGAGUUUAUUGCGAAAGAGCAAGAGCAACAGGACGAAUUGGACGAGGAUGGGGAUGAAGAUAUGUGCGAUGCAUACUUUACAGAAUUGGAAUCAUAUUAUUCGCCUUACGGGGCAGGCUGGAAGCCACUCCGUGAGGCUGCUCGCGCACAGGGUAUCUAUUUGGUUUCUUCCCUGAUACAGAAUCGUUGGAUAACAGACGCGAUUGCCUGCGCUCUUAUUGAAAAAUGUCGUUCCUUUGCACCAGAAGAAAGUGACUCAUUACUCUCCGUAGUACUCUCUACACGCAAAACUUAUCCCUACCCACAGGCUUUGAGGCCAGCAACCGACCGUGAUAUUUCUGAUCCGAUUCGAUUAUUGCGCAAAUAUGCUCAUCAUGGCGCUGCAAGCCGAGCUUACAUCUUUGACGAACUUGCAAAUAUUCUCUUACGGGGCGUGUUGCCCCCCGAGUGGAUGGGCACUAAAUUAUGGACUAGUUGGGUGACACGAGCAACCAUAUCCUUUUCGAGGGAGGAUGACGACUAUCCCGCCGCGUCACGAUUGAUUGAAGCCGUGCUGCUUUCAGCUAGUGGUAUCUGCUCUAUAUCUACUGUUCAAGUUACUACCAAACUACCAGUCAAAAGGAAGAUUGCUCCUGCUCGUGCAACGCGGGCUGCCCCCACCACGACAUGGGAAGACUCAAGUGUACAUCGGCCUUGUCCACUGCAAGUGGAAGACGCACUCAGCAAUCAUGUUAUAAGUCUCAUGGCAGCACUCUGUGGUAUGCACAUCUCACGGUCUCGUGCCUCUGAUGAAUUUGAUCGUGCGGAUGGAACGAAGGCAGGUCAUCUUAUUCGCUAUCUCUAUAUUGCUUUGCAGCGACACAUGGACCCAAGUUCCAUUGCGCAGCGGCCUCAUACUACCCCUCAUGAAUUGUUGCGGCGUGGCUGCAUCUUGCUGGCCACCAGCCUUGUGCAGUGCAAUGAUGCACUUUUAUCUGAGAAUACUCAAUAUCUGAUGGCAUCAACAGAUGGCGUCGAUGAAUGCGCGGAUGCUAUAGCUUCUCGUCCAGACAUGAUUAAAGAGUUAGCAUUGUUUAUGCAGCAAGCGUUUCGCUGCCUCAAAGGAGGCGCAGAAGGUGAGCCGGACCGCACUACCGGAGAGAUACGUGACAUGGUUUCGCAACUUGUCCGCCUAGCCGAUACGCCAGGCUUAUCUGCCUUCCUUGGGCGAAGUGCCGCAGAGGCGGCCAUGAUAUUUGCAGAAGCUACGGCAGACCCAGACGACCACAUGUGGGCUGCCGACGUCCAAGAGACGGUCGUCACUCGACAGAGUCAGCAAGAAACGGACCAAGGAUCUUUGGAAGAAGGGCCCGAGGGGGUUAGCCAGAAGAAGGGGCUUUUCCGUUGGGAAGAUAGCAUAGGCGAGUGGGUGGCAUGUACACCAGUCUCCAAGGGAAAACCUAUCAUAGCGCAAAAGGCACAAAGACCCGCUCGAAUGCUAUCAAGCCCGGCACCCUGUGUUCCUUGUUCGACGGACAGCGCGAGCAGUUCACCUUGGUCUGAUCGUUUUCAAGAUUCUACCUCAAGUCUGACCUCAUCACCUCCCCAGAUGGCAGCCAAGCGCACCUUUGAGGACAUCGAUGCAUCAUCGAUACGGCCCAGAAAACGACAACGGCCUACCCCUGUGGUUAUAGUUGGCAGGGAUCAAAACAGCCCGCAAAGGCAUUCUCCAACACCGACUAGGUUCAACUCCACUGUGGAGCCAGUCACGCGCCGUGACAUCUUGCGAGAGCGCAGCACCAAUCUGGCCAGGCGCACGGCUGCUCCUUCCAGGCAGGCGAACAAGGUCGAAGUCGUCAUAAUCAAUAACAAAGAAACCGCUCCAUGCCAGCGUACCGUUCGGCCUGUUCUGGAGCGUGUGACGAAGCAGGCUCACCGAACAAUGGAGAGACGAAGAUCUACGCGCAUUUCCGUGUCAAGCAUGCGCCAGCGCACUGAGUCAUCGGUCCCUCGGGCAGUUAUUCCCUGUUCGCAGGAUGGCGACAGUGACGACGAGCUCAGCUUUUUCUGA